GCUGGCGCGUCGCGUCGCUUCGCGCGAAUCCCGCGAAAAUUCGUUUAACUUGACAGUAACAGCGCGCAACCGGUGUGUGCGGUCGUCCCGAAUGCCUCCUGUGCGAGCCCGCGUCCCAGCUAACGAGCCAGGUACCGCGGCAAGAAGGAAAAUUAAGCUGCCCAACUUCGUGACAGGAGUGAGAAUGCUGGGCGGGGGUGAGCGGUGUGCCAUAGCAUGCCUGCUGCUAGCCGUCACUGCCGUCGCAGUAGCGGCCUCUUACGAUCGUGAGAGGCUUGAGAUCGCUAAGCAGAUCCUCGAGGAAGUCCCACUUACUGACGGGCACAAUGAUCUUCCAUGGAACGUGAGGAAAUUCCUGCGCAACCAGAUUAACGAGUUCAACCUGGACACCGACUUGACACGCGUCGAGCCUUGGUCCAUCUCCAAGUACUCGCACACCGAUCUCCCGCGUCUACGUGAAGGAAUGGUCGGCGCACAGUUCUGGUCAGCGUUUGUGCCCUGCGCAACGCAGAACAAGGAUGCCGUGCAGCUGACGCUGGAGCAAAUCGAUGUCAUCCGCCGCCUCGUCGACAAGUACCCGCAACACAUGCAGCUGGCCACCUCCGUCACCGACAUCCUGCAAGCUCACAGCGCGCGCCCCCGCAAAAUCGCAUCGCUGAUCGGCAUCGAAGGGGGGCACUCCAUAGCCAACUCGCUGGGCGUUCUGCGCGCGUACUACCAACUCGGCGUGCGCUACAUGACUCUUACUCACACCUGCAACACACCUUGGGCUGAUUCCUCGAACGAAGCACCAGUCGCCAACGGUCUCACCGAAUUUGGAGAGAAAGUGGUUCGCGAGAUGAACCGAUUGGGCAUGAUCGUGGACCUGUCACACGUGGGCGAAAACUCGACACGCGCAGCGAUCCGGGUGUCCCGUGCGCCUGUGAUUUUCAGCCACUCCUCGGUGUACAGCCUUUGUGCGCAUAAGCGAAACGUUCCUGACGAUAUCAUACAGGCUUUGAAAGAGAACGGCGGUCUUAUCAUGGUGAAUUUCUUCCCCGAUUUCGUCAAGUGUGCACCCAAUGCCACGCUCUCCGAUGUCGCCGAACAUUUCCACUACAUCAAGCGGCUGGUCGGCGCGGACUAUGUCGGCAUCGGAGGCGACUAUGACGGCGUUAACAGAGUCCCUCGUGGUCUGGAAGACGUCUCCAAGUACCCUGAGCUGUUUGCGGAGUUGCUCCGCAGCGGACAAUGGAGCGUGCAGGAGCUAAAGAACCUCGCUGGGCUCAACAUGAUGCGUGUUAUGCGACAGGUCGAGAAGGUCCGUGACGAGAUGCGCACGAAUGGAGUAGAACCCGAGGAACACCCCGACUCGCCGACUGACAAUGGCAAUUGCACUAGCAACGCCUUCCAUACGGAAUACGUCUAAACGAUUCCACAUUCCAACACUGUCGAACGUAUCUCAAACCUUGUUGAAUUAAACAGUUUCAUUAUCUAACAUAUAACCAGCAAUAAUUAAAUAUAAAUAAUAUAUAGAAAUAUCUUCUUGAUUCUUUUGUAAAAAGCUAGCAGUUAUUAAGAUCAUUUUAACCACAUUUACUUGGAACACUGUAAUUGUAUUGAUACGUUUUACCAUGUUGAACAUGAUUUGCAAAAGCUGGUUACCGUUAAGCAUUAUGUCUACGAAAUGUUUCAGGAGUCGCAAUUUACAUUCUUUCACUACUUAAAUCUAAUCUAUAAAAUACGGAAUGAUUUGAUUUGAUAUACACACAACUAAGCUACCAUGAGCACGACGUGACAUAAAUGGGUUAGCGUUGAACGUUAUCCUUAAGCUGCCAUUUGAAACCCGUAAUCAAUCAACAGGUCGCGUAAUUAGGGCAGCGGUGGGUGAAACCAGCGGGUGACAUUUAUCGACCUGCAAUAUUGGACACCUCUAAAGCUUGCCAAUUAUACUUAUAAUUAAAUGAAAUGGGUGUUCGUUAUAAUUUCCAAAACUCACACAUUAGAUAUUGAUUCUUGUUUCACACUCUAGUUCAAGCGAAUACAUUUUAUCAAAACAUGUUUCUCCGACAGUCUUUUCAAUUUCCCCGGAGCACAUUUUGUUUCAGCAUAAAUAGUAAGAGAGAGAAAGUGUUCAAAAUUUAUGUAAAAGUGAAGACAAUGUAGUACUUUUGAUGUUCUUACAUUCUUUAGAAACUAUUACGGGAUAGAUAAGCGGGUAAAUUUGAAAUAUUUAUUUGUUUUCAAUGUAUUUCAUUUAAUAAACGGUAUUGUAUUGUUGCUUUUACCUUUAGAGACUUAUAUACAAAACAGAACAAGAAUAUAUUCACCAAAAUAUAAAUUUCUCAUUCAACAUAAAUGUCAAUCUAGAAUGUAUUAGAUACGUUCGGCAGUUAGGGUAUAUACCGACAAUAUCCGAUGGUCAUUUGAUGUUACCUAUAUGCUCGAGUGGAAAAUCGUACGCACCAGGAUUACCUCCAACUACUUCGCGAGGGCAUAAAAACUGGCUAUUAGUGUUAACCUUUGACGCGUACGAACUUUCACUAAUAUUCGUAAAGUUUAAUACGCGGCUUAACAAGCUACUUUUUACUUAUAUCCGUCAACCUAGUCAAACGUGUUUUACGAAACCUUAAUCAUACGCUGUUAUGAACAAGGCGGCACGCUGAAGAGUAGCUAGUCGAACCGCGUCCAUCAAUUAUAUUCAGAUUUAGUAAGUGUAAUCAGUGUUGUAGAUGCAUGUGUGUACACUGUGAACUAUGCACUCCUUCCUUCAGACUUCGUGAUCGGUCACGUUUUCAUGUCACCAGACUGCCUAAUCUUCGUCUCUGCAGGUCCAGUGACCCACUUCUCUUACCUUCAGUCCAGUUUGGUCAGUUUCAUCGAUCACUCACUUUUUCUAUUCGACGUCUAAAUAAUGGCUUCAAAGUUAAACGGUAAAAUGCAUCACAAGGAUAUUGGAUAUAUAUGAGUUUUUUAUUCCCUUUAAUUAUUUUAAACAUUCAAAAAAAUGUAAUAGUAUAGUUUGAAAUGUUGGUAGGCUCGAAACAGUAGUUAGAACAAAAGGUAACAAAAAA